CUAUAUAUAUAGGACAAUUGUAGGCGGGUGUUGUAGUUCAAACUAACAAUCCGUACCAAGGCAUUUGGUUUUGUGCUGCAGCGGUAGACGUUAUUAGUGGAUUUUAAACAUGGCUGGUGGUAAAGCAGGUAAAGAUUCCGGGAAGACCAAGACGAAGGCUAUUUCGCGCUCGCAGAGAGCAGGACUGCAGUUUCCGGUGGGUCGUAUCCACAGACACCUUAAGUCAAGAACCACCAGCCACGGCAGAGUGGGAGCCACUGCAGCGGUGUACAGCGCGGCUAUUCUUGAAUACCUCACUGCCGAGGUUCUAGAGUUGGCAGGAAAUGCAUCAAAGGACCUUAAAGUGAAGCGUAUCACCCCUCGCCACUUGCAGCUGGCCAUUAGAGGAGACGAAGAGCUGGAUUCACUCAUCAAGGCCACUAUUGCUGGUGGAGGUGUGAUACCUCACAUCCACAAGUCUCUGAUUGGAAAGAAGGGCCAGCAGAAGACCGUAUAACCUGAAGUGCUCUGGAAGUCGUGCCAUCUCAGGACGAAGUCUGCAUCAAGUGGUUAAAUGUCUUAGAUUAGAACACCUUUUAGGAGUUAUUUGUAUGGUUGAGCUUGCAUUUACUCACCUGGGGUAUUUUUUUAAAAGUGGCUUCAGAGAAGCUCAUUUUUUUGUGUUUUGGCUUUUUUUUUUUUUUCCUUUUCUUUUCUUUUCUUUUCUUUUCUUUUCUGGUGCUGCAGUUUUUGUGUCAACUUCCUUUUGUGGCGUUCCCAUGUUUUAAAGUGGUGUUUUAAUAAAGCUCUUAUUGGGCAUUUGCAGUUUGCUCUUUCAGUUCUUACUUGUUCAUGAGCGUGUUUCUGUUAUGUUAUCACUUUCUACUCUGCAGGUAUUCAGUUGGCUACCCCAGUGUGGUUGGUGAAAAUGUUUGGCUUUAGUAUUAUUAUCCUUUACAGUUUCAAAGAAUCAACAAAAGCAAAGAUCAACCACCGCUACCACAGCUUGUACAUGGAAAGUGUCAUGGCGUACAUAGACCCAUCUUAAGCGUUCAAACCAUCAGUUUCAGUCUUGUGCAGUUGCAUGAAUUGCAAAGCAUGUUGAACAUCAGUUUACCACUGGACUGAAAAACUGGGAAUAUUUGUCAUUUUUGGAUUCUGAAUAAAGACUGGACUGGCACAGUCAGAACAUUUUA